AGAGAAGUAUAGUAGGAUAUUUCUAUGGGUAAAACUAAAUAUUUGCCCCCCUCGUAAGCACUCAUGCCCGGUUUGUGCUCGUGUGUGGAUAUUUGGUUCUUGUUCUGCGCCAUUUUACUCAAUGUCGAAACAUUCCACAUUGUUCUUGUUGCCGGUGUGGUUCUCUAAUUCCACCUCCGCGUCACUCACAGUGCCGUCGUUCCUCAAAACACCUCAAGGUGUACUCAUGGUGGCAGAGUGUAGCGAAAGCUUAGUGGGGUGAUUCUGUGGAUUUGGUGAACCCUAAACGCACGGUGCAUCGGGAUUUUCCCGCCAAAAAUUUUCAACGAGUUCCGGAUGUUUUCCCGCGUGUUUUAUUGUUCUGGGCCUGGGCUAAACUGAAGAACUCUCGACCCUGGGACUGCGGCGUGUGACAAUUAAAUUAGAUACUUAAAUAAGAUUCCGGUUGGUGUUUGAGUCUCUGUCUGCCCAUAAAAGUUGGAAGUGCUUUUGGGGACAAAAAUUUUUUUGGUUAGACACCUGAAUCAUCGAGCAAUUUCGUUGAUAUUUCCUCCAUCCCCCGGGCUUAAACGGACAGAGGGCCGGUCACCUGUUUUUUUUUAACAUUGGCCAAAAGGCAGGCGGCCACCGGAGGAGUUGGACGUCAGUGUAUGGGCUUGCGAAUCACGCAAAAUCAUUCCAAUGUGAGUUGUCGAAGUAGUCUGAUCUCAAAAAUAAAAGUGGGUGUAGUCAAUUUUUCGACGGUCUGGUGAUGAGUGUUGGAAGAUCUAAAUCAACGUUGGAAGGCUUUUUUGUUGCUCCCGCAGACAUUUGGAGCAAUUAGCCAAAGAGCCCCGAUAGCGCACCCAGUUCACCUGAUCUCCAGAUAAGGGUUCUGCUUGCUGAAAGCGUGACGUCACCCCGCGAUUUUUAUUUAUUUUUUUGAUUAUUAUUUUCCGCGUACAAAAUAGAACAAAGUGUGAAUGCGAGACGACACAAAAAGUCCCUGGCAAAGAACAUGGUGCAAGUGUGUUGAGAGCCCCAAAGGGAUUUCUUAAAACUUGUGAGUGCUCAAAGAAGAGAACCAGACAGUGCUUGAAAUAUUUCACAUGUGACUGUCCUUUCUGAAUUCCCACGUGAAAUAUCCCCAGUGAAUUAAAUAAAAAAAAAAAGACACAAGAAAAAAAGCCCCAAGAGACACCAAGUGCUUUCAGCAGAGACAGUUUAAAAUAACACAAAAGGUAGAUUAAUUAGUGCGAAGACGGUUAAACAAAAAAAAAAUACAAAAGAAGAAACAACAGUGAUGGAAUUACCACCACCUCAUGAGGAUUGGGAGCAUCAAGUGAAUCCCUUUCUGGAGAUGAACAACUGCGAGGAGGAUUAUUUCAAUCCACAAGAGCUCCUUGUCGGCGGCGGCGGCAGUGGUGCAAGUGGCGGCCAAACGGCAGGAGGAGCUGGAGCACCCACAGGAACAGCUCAGUCACCAAUUUCUGCCACAAAUGCUCCCUCACUGAGCCCUGUUGGUUCAGCCACAGGAGCUGGUCCUGGUGCUUUGAGUCCCGGAUCCCUUUCGCAGACGUCCACAAAUGCCCCGGCGGCUUCGGCAUCAUCGUCAUGCUGCGAAAAUGGGCGGCCCAUUAUGACGGAUCCUGUGUCUGGGCAGACAGUCUGUUCGUGCCAGUAUGAUUCGGCCAGGCUAGCCCUCUCCAGCUACUCCCGUCUCCCAGCCGCCGGAGUGGGUGUCUAUGGCACCCCCUAUCCGUCCACAGACCAGAAUCCCUAUCCCAGUAUCGGUGUCGACAGUUCCGCCUUCUACUCACCACUGAGCAAUCCCUAUGGUUUGAAGGAGAGUGGACCUACCGGUGAUAUGACAGCCUGGACAUCAGCUGGACUCCAACCAACAACCGGCUACUAUCCCUAUGAUCCCACAUUGGCGGCCUAUGGAUAUGGCGCAGGAUACGAUUUAGCGGCAAGAAGGAAAAAUGCCACGAGAGAAUCAACAGCGACACUCAAAGCGUGGCUCAACGAGCACAAGAAGAAUCCCUAUCCCACAAAGGGUGAGAAGAUCAUGCUGGCGAUCAUCACCAAGAUGACACUGACGCAGGUGUCGACGUGGUUUGCCAACGCCAGGCGGAGACUGAAGAAGGAGAAUAAAAUGACGUGGGAGCCCAAGAACAAAACAGACGACGAUGAUGAUGCAAUGGUCUCGGAUGACGAGAAGGACAAGGACGACCUCGAUGGUGGCAUGGACAAGAGUCGAGAUCACAAAGAUUCCAUCCAUCAUGUGAAGUCUGAGCAGCAUGUGAAAGACGAGGAGGAGGAUGAUCUGACGGACGAUGACCGCAAGACUGAGGCUGCCGCCCUACUUGCGGCCACAGGCGGCAGCGCUGGUGGUGGUUUAGCGCACCAUCAUCAUCUUCAUCACCAUCAUCACCAUCAUCCGCACCAUCCCUACCAUCCUCAUCAUCCGCAUGCGAUGCUAGGCGGCGGAUAUGGCGUAAAGCAGGAAGACCAACAACUGACGGCGCCAAAAAACCAAACAAGCAGCGACUGUGGCGUGCCGAUUCCGGCCACCAAGCCCAAAAUCUGGAGUCUGGCCGACACAGCCGCGUGCAAGACGCCUCCCCCACUCCCACCCCACUCAGCACCGUGGAUGACGGCGCCAGGCUAUCAGCACCAGACGAGUGCACCUGGCAACGCCGGCAUGAUGAUGGGCUCAGGCGGCCCGCCGCCACAUGGCACCAUGUUGCCGACCGGCCAGCCACCGCCCCCUUCCACCCACCACCCCCUGCAGCAGGUGCAGCAGGGCACAAUGAUGCCUGGCACCGGCCCCAUGACCCCGAACUCCUUCACCGCCAACUAUGGCCGGUACGGGGGGUUUCUCAGUGGGCCCCCACCCCCACCGCCCUCGGCCCACCACUAUCCCAAUCCCUGCACCACCCCGAGCAACCACCUAGCCACGGGGGACACCACUACGCCCCUGGGCCCCACCCAGAUGUCCAGCAGCAGCAGUCAGGGCAGCAGCAACACGAAUACCCCGCCGGCGAUGGGGUUUCCCGAGGUCCAGACCGAUACACCACCCCAGACGCCGCCGAGUAUGAAGUUGCCCAGCGUGGCAGGGAACCUACUCACCCAUUCAGCCACCCCUACGACCGGUACCUGCUACAGUAACACCCCUAAUGGCAAUGGAUCUGCCAUGAACACCAAUGGCACCUACAAUGGUGCAUCGUCCCCAGGGGAUGGCCAACAAGGCAGUUUCAUGAGCAAUUUUGCGCGCAUGCAGCAGGGUAGUCCGAUUAACAACAAUAAUCUCCAUCAUCAUAAGGACUUUGCACAGAUGAUGAAUGCCGACAUGGCGGCUUUCAAGCCCUUCUACAAGAGUGCCCAUCAAGUCGGGAAUGGUUUCGUGUCGCCGGUCUGAGAUGACGUCGCCGGAAAUGGCUACCAGCCACAAUUUUAUUUUCCGGCGGACCUUGGUGACUCUGUGGAGAAAUACUGAAUGGGACGCACAUGCAAAUGUAUACGAAAGUUGAUGACUCUUUUUGUGUCUUUUUUUUUCAACUGCUGCAAGUGGACAACGAAGGUGUUGAUUUUUGGAAAGAAUAGGGCAAAGUGCAAGCACAUAUCUCAAUAGACCCGAAAGGAAUGAAAAGAAUUAACAAAACAAAUAAUUUUGUUCAUUUAACUCACUUAAGUAAUUUAUGAAGAAACAGAAGAAGAAAAAAAUCUCAAAAUAUAGCUCAAACACAUCAAAUAGAUAGAAGAAACAUUCACAGAAAUUUUACGAUAGAUAAUCAAUAGUGGGACAUAAAUUAGAUAAAUAAUUAUUUUUCAAUUUUCAUCGUCUUGUACUUUUCACCGAACAUUUUUCUUGUGAUUCUGCUCAAAAGUUUUUUAUGUUGCGAAUAUUUUUUAGGCAGAAAAUCGCAACUUAGGGACAAGAAAAUGUAUAUGGAAUAAAAUUGGCACGUUAAAUUUGUGCAAUAUGUGUAAACAAUUGUAUCUUUUAUUUUUCAGAAAAGAAAAAAAUUUAAAAAAUAAAUAAAUAAAGAAAGAUGAAUAAAAAUGUUGGAAAAGCAGUUUUUUCGAUGCUACAAAUGACAGUGGCAGGUAUUCUCUUUAUUUUUCGAAAAGAAUCAUUUAGCAAAAAAAAACUAUAAUAUUCGAAAAGAAUGAACGUAAAUGUAAAUUAAAUUUUAAUAAAUAAAAAAAAAGAAAUUCACAAAUUGUAUGUUUAAGCAUUUGUAAUCUGUGAUAAAAUGACUACUACUAAAUGAUAAUACCUAUUAAAUAUUUUAAAAAUAAAUGAGAGUAAUUUAAAAUGAGAUCUUGAUGAUUGAAAAUCGACAUUUUGGAAGCUUCUUGUCGAUAUAAACAAAUGAAUAAUUUCUACAAAAAGAAAAGAAAGGAAAAUAUAGAAAAAUUCUUUUGAAAAUCGCAGAAAAUUUUCUAAUAAUUUGACGAGAUGAACAAAGGAAAUUUAUAGAUUUUCAGUGAAGAAGAGAAGAAUGAAAAACUAAAACUUCUCAAAGUUUCAAACAAAUGAGAUGAGAAAUUCAACAUUUUGAAUGUAUAACUUUGUAAAUACGAUGAAUGUUUUCUGAAGUAAGUGUGAAAUGAACACUCGUAUCAAUUUUACUUAAUAUUUACUUACUUAUCAUUAAAUUGAACCUAAUCCUCAGUUUGCACUUUGACCCCAAAAAAAAAUGCAGAGGAAAACUCAGUGAAAAUUGUUUGUAUUUAGCUCAAAAGUAGUUUUGUUUUAUUUUAGAGGAGAAAUUUUGGUAAAUAAAGUUGUGCAAUGCAUUUUUCGGAGUGUAGACUGAGGAUGUUCAUUAAGUAACAAUUUACAUUAAUUAAGAAAUAAUUCGUAAAAGUAUAUAAAAGAAAUCAAAUCUAUGUAUAAAUUCACAAUCAUGAAAAUAGACGGAUUAUUAGAUUUAA